ACCGAAAUCUGCUCCGCACUGAGGCAACAUAUAUUAUCAUGGCGCUUCUAGAUUGUAGACUCCUCCUCUGCCCUUGCUUUUUGGUUGACUGCUGCUGAGUGCUCCGACCGCCCUCUUGAGCUCUUUCUCAUACCCCACUUUCCUCUCACAAGCUACCCCACAAAACACUGCUCUGUAAACACAUCGCGACUUUUAGACGAAAUGGCGCAGCUUCUUGCGGGCAAAUCUAUGGCCAUCACUGGCGGUGUCACUGGCAUUGGACGUGCCAUUGUGCUUGGCUACCUUUCACACGGCGCCAAUGUUGCUGUCAACCACCUGGGCGACCCGAAGUCCUCUGCGCAAUACCAGUCCCUCGUAAAAGAGGUAUCAGAAGGUGAAAACAGGCUGAUUGAGGUUCCUGGCGAUGUUGGAGAUCCAGAGACCGGCAAGAAGCUUGUGUCUGCAGUCGUGGAGAAGUGGGGCCGACUUGAUGUCUUCGUGAGCAACGCGGGUAUCUGCGAGUUCAAGGAGUUCUUAGACAUCUCACCAGAGCUCUGGAGCAAGACCGUAAACACCAACCUCACGGGUGCAUUCAACACCAUCCAAGCUGCCGCAAAACAGCUCUCUACACAAUCGCCACCAGGCGGUUCAAUCAUCGGUAUCUCGUCCAUCUCAGCGCUCGUCGGUGGCGCGCAGCAAGGCCACUACACUCCCACAAAGGCUGGUGUGCUGUCUCUCAUCCAGUCGUCUGCAUGCGCACUCGGCAAAUACAAUAUCAGGUGCAAUGCGCUCCUUCCAGGCACAAUCAAAACACAGUUGAACGAGAAAGAUCUCGAGGACGAUGAGAAGAGGAAGUACAUGGAGGGCAGGAUACCGCUAGGCAGGACCGGUGUGCCGAAUGAUUUGGCUGGGCCGGCGGUGUUCUUGGGUAGCGAUUUGAGCAGUUAUGUUACUGGCGCUCAGCUGCUGGUUGAUGGAGGGCUGUUCGUAAACCUGCAGUGA